CGGAGUUUACUGUUUUUUGACACAGGCAAUAAGAUUGUGGGAUUUUACUAACAUUGCUUGUCUUUUGAGGAACCAGUCGCCUUUACUGUUUCUGUUCAAAUGCGUUUUCCACCUUUGUUCCAACACGACGUCAAAACAAGCUUGUCUUGCUUUACAGGAUGUAAUCACUGAGGUUGUGCCGCCGGAUUCAUUACACAGUGUACUAGAGACGUACCCCCUGAUUUUAUGGAGCAAAUAUCACACUGUCUAAAGUCCUCCGAAGGUCAAAGCGGAAAGGAUGGGAUAUCUGAAGGUCCAGAUGAAGCACAUAGUGAUUCAGGGGACAGCAUCUUCAUCACUCAGUUACCUGUACCAGCGGCUGUGCGAAGAAAGAGACAAAGGGCCCAAGACUCUCAAUCAGAGUUCAGUUCUUCUGGAGGUACAGCUUUUUAUGAAGAUGAAACAUCGCCAUCUAAUUCUAAUACAGAACACAGUUCAUACAAACAGAAGAAGAAGAAGAAGGAAAAGAAGAGGCCACCCACAUACAGAUUCUCUUUUCUCAACAAGACAGAGGGCCAGGGUAGCGUGGCCCUGACGCCCCUGCAGAACAAAAGGCUGCAUAAUUACGCCAUGAGAGGGUUUUUUAAUUGUGUUGAGCUGUUGGAGAGAGAGAGGAGAGGAGAAAAUCAGAUGUCGUCUUUGCCAACAGUUGACAUGGACAGGGAUUGCAUAACCCCAAUUUCAGAGGAAGAAGAUAAAGAAGACCGUUUGGAGGACGGAGACUUCAAAAUUGUGGGAAGGAAACAGUUUGCGGUGCCGUUAAAACCCAAGAUAUCGCGACGUUCCUGCAAUCCAAGGAAUAAUGAAGGACGACAGCAGACAAGUACAUCAAGUACUGCUGGAUGGGCGUCAAAAGAGAAACAACGGAGCACGAUAUGGAAAGUCCGGAGGAUUACACUGUCUUCAGAUAGUGAGAGCUCUGAUGAUGGAGAGGUCCUGGCUCCAACCGGAACGCCACGGAAAAAGAAAUUUCUUAAAAUAGGAAAGAAAAAUAUAAAUUUUAAUGAAAAAGAAAAAGCAGAUGAGGUGGGUAGCGACAGUGAUCCUACACUUUGUGGCUCAAGUCUGGAUGAAUACAUGGAAAAGGUCAAAGAAGCAGCUGUGGCUGAGCCUCAUGCUGAUAUUUCCCAGAGGGGGGACGCAGAGUGUGAACCCGAGAGGCCAAAUCUCCCCCGAGGUGAUGCUAAUAACGGUGCUCUGUGCAGUCAAACAAGGGUGAAGAAAAAGGGCAAAAAAGACUAUGAAAGCGUUUUAGAAGGAAGUCCAGGAGAGGCAGAGGGGCAGCGGGCGGCCCCGUCUGUGAAAGCAGCAGUCGCAGAGGGAGAUGAAGCUCCCCGUGUGUCGCAGGCUGCCGAUGAGCUGGAGUCACAACGGAAGGAAAAGAGCGUGGAGGUGGAUGCUGCAGUUAGCCUUAAUGAGGAGAAGAAGAACAAGAAGAAGAAGAAGAAGAAGAAGAAGGAAAAAAAUAUGAAUGACAAUGUGGAUAUAGAGACUGGGAUGGCCAAUGAACCUCAAUAUAAUGAUGGCAAAUCAUUUAAUAAGACUACAGAUCUACCCCAGCCAACAACAGGGCACGUUGAGGAUCUGGAGGAUUGUUUGGAAAACCCUGAAACUGCUCUGGAAACAUUAGAAUUUACCUCUGUUAAAAGAAAAAAGCCCAAAAAGAAAAAGAAACGCUCAAGUUUUAAAGACAAUACUGAAGUUGGAGAAGAUAUUUGUGUAGAUGUGGACUGUUCUAGCGAUGUUAUAACUGUGACAGGAAGUACGGACUUGUUAGCUAAAAAACAGAGCAUCUCUGAGAGGGUGCACGUCUCAUAUACUCCAGGAGAAGAUGAAACUGUUGAUAAUACACCCAAAAAGACUGAGGCCCUCGAGGAGCAAGAUGCUGAUCUGGCAACUGAGAAGAAGAAGAAGAAGAAGAAAAAGAAAAAAAAGAAAAUGAAGGAAUUGUCCGACACGACUGUGUCAGAAGCCACUGCUUCACAAAGUGAUUGUUUGGCGUCUGCACAGAAAAAGUAUAAGAGGAAGACCUCUUCCUUCCUUGUUGCUGAUGAAGAGGAAAAAGCCGGUCAGACACAUGGAGAUAAACACGUUUGUCACGGCGAUGGUGCAGAAACGCCUGACGUCAGCAUCAGUCAUUUAACAACCACAUCAACAGACGUGGCAGCAGGUCUGGAGGAAAGUGGGCUGCAGAAAAAGAAGAGGUCAGCUGUAUGGGACAGUGUGGAAAGAGAGACAGAUUUUGAGGAACCACAGAAAACAAGUCCAGGGGCUCUACCUGAACCGGGGAUCGUGGAAAAAAAGAAACACAAGAGAAAUAAAAGGAAGAAGGAGAAGAAAAAACAGAAAGCUGCCCCUGAAGACACCAAAUCAGAAGAUUCCACACUGAAUACCUGUAGUUCACUUUCACCCAAGAAAAAGCGCAAACAUGGUCGCAGCUCUGAAACUUUAAUUGAUAGCAUUUUAUCUGAAGGCCAAGCGACCGCAGAAACUCUGUUUGAACACACUUUACCGUCUUCAAGUACGUUGGGAUUAGGUGAUGCGAGAGUCAAGAAGAAGAAGGAAAGCGGGGACGAUGGUGAUGAACAUUUAGCUCCACUGAAAUCCCUCACAGACACUACUGAUACAGUGGUCUAUGAAACCAAAAAAGAAAAAAGGAAAAAGCAAGGAGCUGAUUGCAGUUUCAUCUCUGCCGGACCAGACACACCUGUUACUCAAGUUGAAACAUCCUCUUCACACACUGUCAGGAAAAACAAGGUUAAAAAAGCCAAGAGGGCGCUUUAUAAUCCAAGUGAGGAGCUCUUCUCAGACUAGUAACAAGCUGAUGAUCGGAUGUGAUCAGAGCUUUCACUAUAUUUGUAAACUCAUUUUUACCUUGCAGUCUUGAAGUGAUGUUUUUUUUUUUUUUUUAAAUAUGUACCUUACAACAAAAUAUUUUUAUGACUAUUGCUCUCUAUUGGUUUUUAGAAGAAUUUACAGAGUAAUUUGCCGUAAUUGCAUUUGUAUUUUUAUAUUUAAAACAUAUUUUUGGACCAAAAAAUGUAAAAAAAAUAAUGUCAAAAGUGUGGAUUGAAACUUUGUGUCUAGUGCUGAAGGAGGACAUUUGCUGCUACG